GCUAUUUACAAGCAAACGUCCCGGAAUCAGACGCGAAGAUGGUGCCCGGACAGCUCCUGGAGAACACACCUUGAGAGGGAGAUGCGGGAUGGGGUCGAGGGCCCACAGCUAAGGGCUGAGGCCACCCAGGUCUCUGCGGGGAGGAAGGAGGUGAGUCACAGCGGCGGCGACGCAGAAAGCCGGCAGCUUCGCCGGGCUGGGGGAGCUUCGAAGAAACGCUAUGCUUCCCCCAUCCCGAGGCGGCACCCCGGAACCACUGCUAGCACACGAGGGGGCCACCCGAUCUCGGAUCCGGGAGAUCGCCGACGCCUGGGCUCACAGAACCCGCUGCGGCGCCACAACCCAAACCUGGGGGACCGGGGGAGACAUUUUGGGUGCACCGGCAAAACUCGUCCCCAGGGCUGGGGUCGUCCUGGCAACACGAAGGGCGGUGUGUGCCAGUGUAAAUAACCCGAUCGGGCAACAGGUACACAGCCUCGGUUCCGCAGGAGCCCCUCUCUCUCCGCGAGUCCCGGUGGACAAAAACCCCUGUCCUUUCUCAGCCGCCGACUUGGAACGACUGCACGCAAGGACCGCGGGCCACCGCCACGGUCUCGCCGAAGGGCGCCGGGCAGCUGGGAGCCGGCGACCGAGCGAUGCUGGGCCCUCGGCCUCUGGGGCGUGGGGGAAAGGGAGGACCGAGAGCCCAGCGCCGGCCUUGAAGGGGGUCCCCUCUCGUGGCACCUUGGCGGAGGCAGGACGCAGGACGCAGGACCCUCCGGCCGGAAUGCCGUCGCCGCGUCUCCUCCACCCAAAGGGCCGGCACCGGACACAACUUGCGGAGCACCAGCCGCUGCACGGCCGGCUGCCGCUUCUCCGGGAGCCCCGAACGGCGCCGUCCAUCACAUGCACUGACCCCAUACCACGCGCAAAACAAACACGCCGAGCGUGAAUUGAUAACUUUAUUGAAAAGACAACAAGUGCCCAAAAAUGAGGGUCCGUGAAUUUGCACUUCUCCUGCAUACAUUU